AGUCCCGGGACUUGUGGCCCUGUUGCUCACCGCAGCAGCGCAGAGACGGAGAAACGAGGAUUCAGAUUAGCGAGAUCACAAGCGUAAAUUGCACAUUGUUUAUUAGAUAAACCAUUUAGGGAAAAUGACAGCGAAUAAAAAGUUAUUCCUCGUAUCCACAGUUUCUUUUACAGUUUUAUUGAAUAUAGCCACUGCGUCAGCCUAUGUUGAAGAGCUCGAUGACAGGUUUAAAAACACAAGACGUGCUGAUGAGAUAUGGCUUAUAGAAUUCUACGCUCCCUGGUGUACUUUCUGCCAGCAGCUGGACCCAGUGUGGUACGAAAUCGGGGCCGAGUUGAAAAGCAUGGGGUCUCCAAUCAGCGUGGGAAAGGUGGAUGCCGAUGUCCACAGGAGUUUGGCAAAAGAGUUUCGAGUGACUGACUAUCCCGCUAUAAAGUUGUGGAAGGAUGACCUGAAAUACAACUAUAGAGGACCCAGAACCAAGGAGGCCAUCAUGGACUUUGCAGACAGAGUUUCAGGGCCUGUGGUGAGGGCACUGCCGAGCCAGCAACUGUUUCAGAACGUCAUGAGUAGACACGACGUUCUCUUCGUCUAUGUUGGUGGGACGUCCGACUUGAAGGAGAAGUACUUUUCUGCAGCCAAGGAACUUAUUGUGCACACUUAUUUCUUCUCUGCAACCAGGCACAUUUUACCCAAGGCAGUUACUCUUGAGGAAUACCCAGCUGUGGUGGUAUUCAAGGAGGGCACCUACUUCCUUUACAAUGAACAACAGGAUGGGGAACUUGUUUCUUGGAUCAAUAGAGAACGUUUUCUCAGUUACCUCACAUUUGACAGUUACACCUUGUAUGCAAUGGGAGAUACAGGCAAAGUGGUGGUUAUGGCUGUAUUGGAUGAGAAAAAACCUACCAAGGACAGUAUACGGUAUAAGACCUUGAUGCAGAGAGCAGCCACUGAAUACAAGGACUUCUACAGCAGGGAAUUCCAGUUUGGUCACAUGGAUGGAAACCUGUACAUCAAUGGGAUUAUAAUGGAUGAACUGGCCAUGCCCGCCAUCAUAGCGCUCAACAUGUCUAACGACGGAUAUUUCCUGCCACCCAACAAAGUGGAGACAAUGGAACAGCUGGUGAAGUUCCUCGACGCUGUGUCAAAGGGCCGGAUCAGGCUCCAAGGAGGGAAUGGUUACCUUCAACGCAUAAAAAGGAUGGUGUUCAACACCAGAACGACUGUUACGACCAUACUAACCGAGGCGCCCCUCCUCGGCGCCCUCCUCUUCUUCGUAUUUGGCUUUGUCGGGAGCACCUUUUGUUUCGUCCUUUACAAGUCCUGUGAAAUGGUAAGAUCGAGGAUGAGGGAGGAGAGGGAGGAGGCAGAGGCACUCCAAAGUCCCGGGAGAGACAAGAACACGGAAACAAGAAAGAAUCCGUCGGAGAAGAAGGCUGAUUGAAUCUGAAACAGGACGUCUGCCAUUUCUGACCCUGAAAUAUUUUUUUUACUGAGCUGCCCUCUCGGCCAGGUUUUCCUUCAUAAAAUAGGUUAUGGCUUUUACUGAACUUCUUUGAAAAUGAAAUGUUAAAUAAAAUAACCCCCUAGUCUCGUUAAUAACAGUAGGUCCUUGAGUAGAUCUAAGACAACUAAAUGGGUUUUGGCAAUAUGGUAAUAACUAAAAUUGUCUUCUGAUAGGUUGGGUGGUUUUACUUGUUAUUGCUUCAACCAGUGUUGUAUUGGUAUGUUGUGCUUGAAAAUAAAAAUAAAACACACUCUAUACUAUA